AUGAGUUUAUCCCUCUUAUAUUCAAUAAUUACAAUAAAACAAGAUUAUACUGAAAAUAAGCAAAUUGGAAAACCUCUUUCUACUAAGGAUAAAGCUAAAGAUAUUAAUUCGAUACAACUUUUUUAUUUGCAUGAGUUACCUGAAUGGCAAAAAAAUAAUAAUAAUCCAUAUAUUACUUAUGGCUAUUUAAAGGAAACAAAUUCUUACAGGGGGUGUUUUAAAGCAUUGACAAUAUGGAAUAAUCAAUCAUUUAAUAUAGUUUUUAGUGUUGCUACCUCUAUUCUUUUUUUCCUACUUUUAGUGCUAUUUGCAGAUAUCUAUUUAGUACCUAACUAUCCAUCUACUACGAUGACAGACUAUAUUGUGAUAAAUUUGUAUUUAGCCACAGCAUUUCAAUCAUCAUUUUUUAAUGCAACUGCAAGUUGUUUUAGAAUCCACUCAUUGGUACAAUCAAGAUUAUGGAGUAAAAUCUCAAAUUUAGGAUUGAUUUAUCAUUUGACUACAUGUACUAUUUCAAUUCUAUACUAUUGUUAUUACGAUAAUGUAUUUUAUUUUAAAUUAUUGACAAUUUUCACGUUUAUGUCUGCUAUUGUUAUGACUUUGAUAAUAUUAACCGAUUUUUUUGAUCGGCCUAAAUACCUCGAUCAUAAAGGGUUGUUAUUUGUUACAUUUGGUGCAUUUUUAACCCUGGUACCGCUAUCUUUAGGUGUGAUGAAGUUUGGCAAAGAUAAAGUUGUUAAAAGAAUAGAUCUUAAUAUUUUAUCGAUUGAAAUUGGAUUAUAUCUUCUCUCUGCAUUAUUCUACAUUAUGAAGUUGCCUGAGAGAUUUAUUGUUAUAUCACAUAGAUAUCAACUGACAUCACAAAAUUUCUUUUAUAUAUGUUUCUUUUUGGCUACGUUGUGCCAUUUGAAUCUAUUGAUUAAUUCCUUUGUCUUGAUGAGAUCUGGAGAUCAUAAACCCACUUUUGUUAGUUUUACAUAA